AUGCUGCCCAUUCAAAGUUUGCCACCAAAAGAAAUCCGUGUCAUUAAACUUUCUCGUCGUUCCAGUCGCUGCGAACAAUCGGCGCAGCCCACUAGAAGCUCGUCACUAGAACGAGUUCAUAUCAUGAAAGUUCCUCAUAGAUCCCAGGAUCGAUCACGGAAGACGCAGCUGACUCAAAGUUCACUUCCAAACGAUGUUCGUCCUAUUAAACUUUCUCGUCAUUCUGGCAAUCAAUCACAAGAAUCUCACGAUUGUCAUCUAUUGGCAACUAGCACUACAUCCAUCACUGUGAUGCAUGAACCAGAUUCUCCUAUUGAAAAUAAAAAGAAUCAACAUUUUCGAGCCUCGGGGAAGAUUGGGACGACAUCGGUCAGUCCGGCUCCAUAUACGAUGAAUGUAACUAAUGCAUCAGCAAAUCCAACGAAUUUAAAAAAUGUACAUCAAGAAAAAUCCAAGAAAAAUAAAUGUCGUCGAUAUUUACGCUGGUAUUUAUUUCUCUUUUUAUGUUGUUGCAUGCUUGUUGGUAUGGGAAUUGCUGCAUUGGUGGUCUUUCUUGUUACGAUGACUGCAGCGAAAACAAUAACGACAACAACCACAACUGUGACAACAGCAACAACAACAACAACAACAAUCACAACUGUGACAACAGCAACAACAACAACAACAACAACCACUACUACUACUACAUCAACAACUUCAACAACUUCAACAACUUCAACAACAGCAACAACAACCACAACAACAACGGCAACAACAACAACAACAACCACUACUACCACUGAUACUACUCCAACAACAACAACGACAACAACGACAACAACUACUACUAAUACUACUCCAACAACAACAAUACCAACGACGACAACAGUUGCUACUCCAGCAACUACAACUACAGCCCCUCCAGCUCAAUCCUGUUCAUUUGCAAUACAAACUUGGAGUGUAUGA